AUGGAUGAAAAGGCUGACACUGACACCGGUCAGGAAGCUGCUAGCUGCCAGGAGGCACAGCAGGAGGUGGCUACCAGUGCGGCUCCUGCUAAGGGCAAAGGUAAGGGCAAAGGUCCACCCGUGCCGAAGCCCAAGCCCAAAGUGGAGGCCGCCAAGUUGGAGGUGCAUGCAGUUGUGGACCUGGCUCCCCGGUUUGUUCUGGAGCGGCCACCAAAUUCGGACAAGGGCGGGGUGAUCAGGUUCUCAGACAACCGGUCUCAGCUCUUCUUCUUGGUCCGCCAACUUACUGACAGCGGACGACAGGAGGGUAUCCGCGUCGAUCAAGCACUGCGCCACUUGGGCCGCCUCCGUGCUCUGAGAUACGAAUGUGACAACUACAAUGCGGCCUCUCGGCCAGCGGAUGCACAGCGCUUCUUGGAGUUCUGUUCCUCCUGCGGCACUCAAGCGGGAGACCGCCCAGUUUGUCUAGAUGGCUUGGACGAGCUGAUCACAACCUUGGAGGGUGAGAUUGAGGAUUUGGAGAGUUUGAGGGAAGAGAUCAACACAGGCCACGUGCAAUUCACAGCCUUGGCAGAGGUCUUCACUCCAGGCAAGAAGGUCUUCAUGCAAGUGGAUGGGUUGAGCGAACCCGUUGGCAUGACAGUACUACAGAGCUGGUAUCAGGUGCAGCAAACCUUGUUUGGACCAGAGAAAUCCUUCCACAUGGAGCUGGAAUUCUUGGCACACUUGGGAUCCAGCUUUGCCCUCGUCAAUUUUCAAGAGGUCAUGUCUGCUUUCAAGGGCAUCCGAAGGUUGGAUUCCCUCUUCUACGAGACAGUGACCCCCAAGAUGCUGGAGAGGCUACAUCAGCGUGGGGCGAAGUACCGAGAAGCUGCAACAAGCUCGCCGUACGUGCAAUAUGCGCGUGGGUCCUUUUUUGCCCAUGGGCGUGCAAAGCAUGCGACUCUCUCAGGGGGCCGUGUCAUGUUAGACACUCGGCGUGGCCAUGAGUAUGGCCAUCACGCUGCUCGUGGGGGCGACAACUGUUCCAUGGCUCUCCAGCAAGCCAUGCGAACCUUCAAGCUGCAGCAGAAACAUGGCACUGAGGGCCUCCGAUUGAUUCAGGAGCCUCGGGAGUGCGAGCUCUGGAUGGCAUGGCCAGCAAUGGUGGGGUUUUCCUUCACUGCAAAAUGUUGGGGACAGGUGCUGGUGGCAGACACCUCUCCCAUCCAAUUUAGGGCCCAUGCGUUCGAACAACUUGUUCUGCCCGACGACAUGAAGGAGAUCAUCAAGUCUGCAGUGCGGCAUGCCGGCACCAGCGGAUUGGAUUUCAUUGAGGGCAAGGGAGACAACACCAUCUUUUUGCUGUAUGGCCCGCCUGGCUGUGGCAAAACGCUUACUGCCGAAGCAAUCGCUGAAAUGCUUCACAUGCCUCUGUAUGUGGUGACUGCCGGCGAUUUAGGCAUCAACGCGCAGGAAGUGGAGCAGAACCUUUCACAGGUCCUACACCUGUGCAGCGAAUGGAAUGCUCUGACCCUCAUUGAUGAGGCUGAUAUCUUCCUUGAAGCACGUUCCUCUUCUGAGCUGCAGCGAAACGCUCUGGUGUGCGUCAUGCUCCGGCUGCUGGAAUACCAUCAAGGAAUUCUCUUCCUGACAUCAAACAGGGCCAGCAACAUUGAUCCUGCCGUCAGGUCCCGCAUCACCGUGGCUUUGCAUUAUGAGCCAUUGAGCCGGCAAGGGCGCGAGGCUGUUUGGAGCAGCUUGCUGCAGAGAAUCCCACAUUCCCAAGCAGAUGCGUCGAAGCUCGCGCGCCAUGCCCUCAACGGUCGGCAGAUCAAGAGCUGCCUGUUGCUUGGGAAUUCUUUGGCUGCGGAGCGUGGCGAGAAGCUGAAUGGAGACUUGAUUGAGCGCGCAGUGUCUGUGGUCGCGGAUCAGACUGGCGAAGGUGGCGCAGAAGACGUGCUGCAAGAACAUCCCCAAUCAUCUCGAAAAGUCUACAUGCCCGGUGUUCUGCAAGCUGCAACAGUGACCGCACAUCCUCGUGGACGCACUAUACUGCAAAAGGAAGCUUCAGGCUCGGCAAUUACGCCCAGGGCGUCUCGGGAAAGGCCACUGCAACCCAGGGACUCAUCCCAGCCGCUAUUUCCUGGCACUACUGGCACACCGGGACUACAAGUGCAUGGUGCACUGCAUGGCAUGAUGCCAACUGCACCAACUGUGCCAACUGUACCAGCUGCAGCAGCUGUACCAGCGAGCCCUCGAGUGAUUGCCUCAACCUCGAGCAGCUCGAGCAUUGCAAAUCGAGGCCCGACCAUUGUGCACGGCAAACCGUCUCACUUGUGGGAGCCGACUCAAAGCCAGCGGCACCGUGCAUCCUCUCAUCUUGUUCUAGGCCACGAUGCCAACCCAUUUCAGCAGAACGGGCCGAAUGGGCCAGCAUCGAGCCGAAUUUCAACAGACACCACAUCAUUCACUGACGCGAUCCCGCAGCUCUACUCCUGA